AUGAGGUAUUCCAUCGCCGCGAAGUGGAAAUUCGUCGUCUGUGGAUUAAUUUUGGCCGCAUCCUUCAUAACCGGUUCUGGUACGAGCAGGGUUUUCGAUAUUGAAAACAUUCCCGUGGUGAAGUACGUGGCAGUGGCCGGGAAAAACGUUACCCUCGACUGCCCGGGCGUUAACGAGCGCUCGCUGGUGGAAACGCUAGUUUGGCGGACGGCCCACACCAUCGCUGAGUACGUCAACGGUUUGGCUUUGGUCAGCAAUCAGCGGUUCACAUUGCUACCUGAUAAUUUUAGCCUGCACCUCAGUCCCACCGCCGCGUCUGACACGGCCGAGUACAGCUGCCAACUGAACAAUCGCCACAGCCCGGAAGCCAUUGUCGACUUGCUGGUACAAGAUGUACCGGACCCGCCCGGACGUCCGCUGGUCGUAAGCUUCACGUCACGUUCGGUCAAUCUAUCCUGGGCGCACUCGCAAGACCCCCGAAAUGCACCGGUUACAAAUUUCAUCAUCGAAACAAGGAUCGGCGAAAAUGGCAAUUGGACGUCGGAGUCACCAAUACACACCAACAGCAGCCAAUCCGCGCACCAGGUGACAGGACUGCAACCGUUCACCGUGUACAGCUUUCGAAUCGUGGCCGUCAACACGCUCGGAGACAGUCAACCGUCGAAGGAGUCGUACUACUUCGUAACGCUGCGUGAAGCACCGACGGGCAAACCGGUAACAACAAUCGCACACAACACUUCCGCCACCUCCGUGUACAUCUCCUGGAAGGCACCACCACCGGAAUCGAUUCUCGGCGAGUUUCUCGGCUAUCGGAUAACGUACCGGCCCCGGGACCACCACACGGACGACGUCCAGGAGAUCUACAUUCGCGAUAGGACCGUCGAGAACUACGAAAUUCAUAACCUCGAAACGUACACGCAGUAUCUGGUCUCGAUACAAGUGUUCAACCCGGAAGGAUUAGGACCACCGACGACCGUUCUGGUUAUGACAGAUGAAGGAGAACCGAGUCCACCCCAAAACCUAACGGUGCUGGAGGUGACGUCCACCACCAUCAAAUUGACAUGGCGCGAGCCGGAAAAAGCGAAUGGUGCCAUCCACGGCUACCGGGUCUACUACAUUCAUCAGAACCAAACCGAUCUUCACAUGCCCAUCCUAAAGCUGAACGAAAUGCAAAACUCCGUGUAUCACUACACGCUUUCAAAUUUAAAACCCUUCACGGAGUACCGCAUUCUGGUAACUGCGUUCACGAAGAAGCACGACGGCAAACCAUCCGAGGUCACGCAGCGCACUGAUGUCAGCGGUCCGAGCGCGCCCAAAGUGGUGAAUCUGACGUGCCACUCCCACAACGCCCUGUACUAUGGUUGGCGCAUUCCGCAGACGUUCUACAACACGAUCGAUCUGUACAUUAUCAGCUACCGAAACAUCGCGUACCACGAGUUCCGUGAGAUUCGAAUCACGGUCAAUGCGUCCAUCAUGGAAACUUCGUUAAUCAUUCCAAACCUCACGAGCAACGCGGUUUACGAGGUGAAGGUGCGUGCUGCAUCUGUCAGUGUAAUCAAUCCAAAGCAAAUUAUUCUGGGAUCAUACUCCGAGCCCCGAAAGAUCUCGCUUCAACCGAACUGCGAAAAGACUCCCUUAAACUCGCAAAGACAGGCUUACGACGACUACAAUCUGGCCGUGCUGGCCGGCAUUGUGUUUAGCUGUUCCGUCCUGCUGCUCAUCGCACUGGCGCUUAUACUUUGGAAAAAAUGCUUCCACGCUGCUUAUUACUAUCUUGACGAUCCGCAACCUUGUCAGGGUUCUCAGGCUGGUCUCAUAGAUUGGGAAGGACCAAGCGAGGUGGCAGGUGAAGUGCGCUGCCCAGUGACGGUGGCAGAUUUUACCAAACAUGUCGCCCAGCUGCACGCCGAUGGUGAUAUCGGCUUCAGCAAGGAAUAUGAAGCGAUCCAGGGCGAGGCAUUAAAUGACGAGUAUCCUUCCGAAAACUCCCAGCAUCCGGAGAACAAGGGCAAGAAUCGAUAUCUAAAUGUUAUCGCUUACGAUCAUAGUCGUGUGCAUUUGCGACAGGUACCUGGGCAAAAGAAGCACCUUGACUAUAUCAAUGCUAAUUACAUAGAUGGCUACCAGAAGCCACGUGCCUUCAUUGGCACACAGGGUCCACUGCCGGGAACUUUCGACUGCUUUUGGCGCAUGAUCUGGGAACAGCGUGUGGCGGUAAUAGUGAUGAUAACGAAUCUUGUCGAACGUGGCCGAAGAAAAUGUGACAUGUACUGGCCGAAAGAUGGCACCGAAACGUACGGCAUUAUUCAGGUGCGCCUGGUAAAGGAAGAUGUCAUGGCUACUUAUACCGUUCGUACGCUGCACAUCAAGCAUUUGAAGAUGAAAAAGAAGAAGCAGUCUCAGAUGGAAAAAACUGUCUACCAGUAUCACUACACAAAUUGGCCCGAUCACGGCACUCCAGACCACCCGUUGCCAGUGAUCAACUUUGUCAAGAAGUCAACCACAGCCAACCCGGCCGAUGCGGGUCCAAUUGUGGUACAUUGCUCGGCUGGUGUCGGACGAACCGGGACGUUCAUCGUGCUGGACGCAAUGCUGAAGCAGAUCGAAACGAAAGCAUCGUUAAAUGUGUUCGGGUUCCUGCGAUACAUUCGCGCUCAGCGGAACUAUCUAGUGCAGACGGAGGAACAGUACAUCUUUAUACACGAUGCACUGGUCGAGGCGAUCGAUAGUGGCGAGACAAACAUCAAAAUGGAUGCAAUUGGCGGAUUGGUAAAUCAUCUGGACUUCAUCGAUGCACAGUACAAGCUUAUCGUAAGUUAUCAGCCAAAGGAGAUCAACUUGACGUCGUCUUUGAAACAGGUAAAUGGCAUAAAAAAUCGUAGCUCACUUGUCCCCCUGGAAGGUAGCCGAGUGCACCUUACUCCUAAGCCGGGCGUAGAAGGUAGUGACUAUAUCAACGCCACUUGGCUGCACGGAUUCCGCCGGUUACGGGACUUUAUAGUCACGCAACACCCGCUAAUCGAAACCUUCAAAGACUUCUGGCAGAUGGUGUGGGAUCACAAUGCGCAAACGGUGGUGCUGCUGUCUUCGGUAGACAAUAUGUCAUUUUUGCAAUUUUGGCCUAACGAAUCGGAGCCAAUCGAAAGCGAUUACUAUCGCAUUCGGAUGGUGUCGGAGAUGUCCGAAGAUAACUACAUCGUGCGGAGCUUCGUAAUUCAGUCUAUUCAGGAUGACUACGAGCUCAGUGUAAAGAUGCUGGAAAACUCUUCCUGGCCGGAUAUGAAUAACACUCGUUCAAUAUUCGAUUUUGCCGUGCGUGUUCACGAACGGUGUAGCGAAUAUAGAAACGGUCCCAUAGUUGUUGUGGAUAGAUACGGUGGUUUCCAGGCAUGCCAGUUUUGUGCCGUUAGCUCCUUAGCGAUGCAGUUAGAAUACGAUCAGACUGCAAAUAUUUAUACCUACGCAAAACUGUACCACAACAAGCGGCCGGGUAUUUGGACUUCGUACGAUGACAUCCGACAAAUCUAUCGAAUACUCUCGUACAUGCCGAAGGAUCUUGGGCUGUUGAAAUGCACCGAGUUACGAACCGAGUUUGACGACGCAGCAAUGAUGACGGCUACACCGGAUCUGUACAGCAAAAUCUGCAGCAACGGUAGUAUAAACAAUCAACUCACCGGUGGCACUCCAGAUGGUGUAGGUAAUGGUACGACCACUACAACAACAACGACAACGUCCAUUAAUCCACCCACGGGACUUGCCGGCACACCGAACUCGGUCUGUCCACCGAUGGUAGCGAUGGGAGCGAUGGGAACGACGCCACCACCGCCGACACUACAGAACGGCGGUACUGUUAUCGUGAAGAUGAAUGGUGACGAUAACGAAGAGCUGUCUGUCGUGGUGGCCACUGGCAACCACCAUCUUAAUUUGGACCACAAUCAAGCAUAA